CAUUGUCGAGCAGUCGUGAGCAGGAAGUCGGAAAAGAAAGCAGAAACUGAGGGGGCAGGGCCAUUUAAAAAUACCUGCUCCACUACAAUAACGGGACCACAGACAAGCAGCCUUAUGGGACAGUGCUGUGGUGACUUGCAGCACAAAAUGCAGCACAAACGACGCUACAUUCAUCACCUGGAGUAAAUAAACAACGCGUCUGCUUGUGACCACGUAUCAUUCAAAAACAACAUACAGCAUGAGGAUUGAAAGCUUGGAGACAGAAAUCUGAUGUACAGCCAAAGAAGCUACACUGGGUGCACUUGGAAUUUGCCGUACAUAAUGUGUGAUCUUUAGUGCACUAAGAAGGCAGCAAAGCAGGUGCAUCUCUGAAGCGUUUUGUAAGGCAGGACCGCAGACGGCGAGUGUGGGACAUAUUUGAGGGUACAUUUCAAUGUACUGAAUUAUUGCUGAACCAUAUUUAAUAUGGCAUCUACAAUUGAACGGAAGACACUGGAGGCUAACGAGGAACCCGUCGACGAGGUGCUUCAGAUGCCGCCGUCGCUGUUGACCUGUGGCGGCUGCCAGCAAAGCAUCGGGGACCGGUUCUUCCUCAAGGCCAUAGAGCAGUACUGGCACGAAGACUGCCUGAGCUGUGACCUCUGCGGCUGCCGCUUAGGGGAGGUGGGCCGCAGGCUUUACUACAAACUUGGCAGGAAGCUGUGUAGAAGAGACUACCUCAGACUGUUUGGUCAGGACGGACUCUGCGCUUCCUGUGAAAAGAGGAUUCGGGCCUUUGAAAUGACCAUGCGUGUCCGUGACAAAGUCUAUCACCUCGAAUGCUUCAAAUGCGCUGCCUGUCAGAAACACUUCUGCGUUGGAGAUCGCUACCUGCUCAUCAAUUCAGACAUUGUGUGUGAGCAGGACAUUUAUGAGUGGACCAAACUUAACGGCAGCUUAGUAUAGUGUUCUGCUUCAAUCAUAAACAAAAUGUAACAUCCUGUCAACAUUUGCAAACAACCCCUUUACUAAAAAGAAAAAAAGAAAAAGAAAGAAAAGAAGAAUUAUCUUUCUGGCUCCAGGAGCCACCGCCAUGUAUAUCAUCUCUGUAUUUUUUAUUUAAACUUGAGAUAAAUUGCCACCAGCAACAUAAACUUGUUUUUCUAUUAGUGUAUUUUUAAUAACAGCAUAAAUACAGUUUGUAAUGUUAAUUGCAAUAAAAACUGAUUCCCUUUGCUACUUUCACAGAAAGUUAGAUUUGAAUUAUAGUGUUAUUUGUAACACAACUGCCAUAAAAUGUGAAGACAUCUUUCUUAGAGCCUGAAUAAAUAAAAUGACUCAUACUCUGGA